GAAAAAAGCUCUCGUUGGAAACAUCCAAGAUGGCGGGUUAGAGCAUAAACAGUCUGGUUUUGGAGCUACUGUUAUAUGUAUAGUUUUGGACAGGCAUAAUGCCAAGCACCAUUGUCCCAAUCAAUCUAACCAGGAGUCACUCCUUGAAGGCUGCCCCAGAGGGGUUGAGGUAUGGGAACUUUGAAGGGAUUGUUUACCUGCCACCAAUAAAAUCCGACUCUUCUGUAGGUGUGCAAAAUUAUUCAAAGUUUAACAACCAACAAAUUUACAAGACUAUUUGUGACUGGUUUGAUUCCUGGAGGCCAUGGCAACAAAAGACUCUGUUGUAUGGUAUAGUAGACAGGUGCAGUACAAGGCAGCUGGACAUUUUAGCUACCACAUUGGAACCAGUCAAACACAGAGACUAUGCAGCUGCCUACAAACUUCGCUACCCACUGUCUCCUUUCAUGAACUCCAAAACUAGGUCUGACAUUGAAGAAAGCAAGACUCCUUCCAAAACAGGCAGCCAACAGUCACAGAGGAGUGAUAACAACAGUGUAUACACUAUUGCUAGCAUGUAUGAUGAGAAAGCUUUGCUUGGAACUCCCCAAAAAGAUGUUUCAACUGUAAAAUCACUUAAGUAUGAUCAAGAGGAUUUGAUGUCAGAUUCAGCAGUUAGUUCAGUACCCUCAUCCACAAACAAGGAGGGCAAUACAGGAACUGUUUUCACUGAAAAACUGGGGGUCAUUCAGGAGAGAGUUAUCUUUUCAGAGAAGACAGAAUUAUCCCCUGUUCAAAACUUUGCAGAUCAUUUGGCUAGCACCAUUAUGCAGAGUGCCAUGGAGGAGGUGGCUAUACUUCAGAAAUUUGUAAACAGAGAGAACACAAUGUUCACUGAAGAGGAGAAGGUGGCAUCCAGGAGGUCCAGUUUACAGAGGAGUCAAUCCCUUCAGGCUCGGAGAAAAUCUGAUCUUAGUCUCAUACCACCCCCAGGUAGGGAGUUCAGGAUCAUUACUCCUGGUAUUAGAUCUAUGGUGGGAAAAACUGAGCUGCCAAAACCUGGGACAGAGGUGACAAGGAGUCUGUCUAAUAUUUCACAAAAAAGUGUGUCCAAACUGAGGUACGAGUUUUAUGGAGCCCCAACAACUCUAAGUACUCCAGACUUCUUCUCCAAAAGAGGACUAGCUAGAGAAGGUUCCAUGCAAAAAGAAAUCCGAUUCGGUCAAGUGAAAAAGCCUAGGUAUCUGCAAGAUGUUCCCAUUUCUCUACAGCGGUCAUUCAAGGGGGUCAAGUGGUGGACAGAACAGCCCCAUGAAGGAAUGGUGUUCCUGAAAGCCAAGAAAAAUGAUCUGAUUGCUCAUUUCAAGGAGCAGCUCCUCAAAAUUUGGAAUUGGCUUGAGAUGUGGGAGGACUAUGAGAAGAUAACUUUAUUAAAGGAAAUUCUGAAGAUUGCAGGAUCAGGGGUGUUAAAUGCCAUGUAUCAUCAUAUACAGCAAAGACUCAGGGGAGCCAGGGACAUCAACAGACUGUCAGAUAAAAUUCUUUUGUAUAUCUUCUCCCUACUUAUACCAAGAGAUGUUGCCAUUUCAGCUCAGGUUUGUCGGAGAUGGCGGUUUUUGUGUGCUACAGACAGCCUGUGGAUGAUCAAAUGUCAUGAAUUAGGGUUACAGGAAGGUAUAACCAACAUGGAGGAUAUAGUAUUGAGAGCAAACACGAGAAAGAUGGGCAUUGAUUGGAGGCUUGCAUACAAUGAAUUAAAGACAUUGACAAACAUGAUGAAGAUGGAGGCCAGAAGGAGAGAGUUAGCUGCUCUUGAAGAAGCUGAGAGGCUACAGAGACUAAGGGCCGAGCAUGAAGUUGACAUUGAAGUGAGGAGAGGUACCCAGGCUGUGAUUGAACAGGAAGAGACAGAGAAAAAGGAGAAAGAGGAGGCCAGAAAGAGGGAAAGAUAUGCCAUCAAAUUCAAGAGGGAAAAUAAGGAGGGAACAGGGGACAAAAAAGAGGAAGAUGAGAAGAGCGAUGAGGGGGAUGAGGUGUCAGAUGAGGAUCUUUCCCAGUAUGAGGAUUUUAUAUACCAGGCUUGUGAGGAGGAUGAGGAGGAGACAGAUGAAAGGGAACAGACUGCAUCCCAGCCACACUGGAAGCCAUUGAAGAAAUCUGGUGCAGAAGACAAGCCAAAAGAAUUGGAAAAGAUUGAGGCUGAUCACCAGAAAGAGCAGAAACAAAGAGAAAAGGCAGAGAAAAAACGAUUCAAAACCAAGAGACAGAAGACUGACGUUAGGGAGGUAAGAUCUAUGGUAAAACAGAGGCCACAGCCAAGAAAACCUAAAGACGAGGUCGCCCUGGAUGUGAGAACUGACCUUGUGCAGGCAGAUGACCUUUUGGGUAAAUCAGCUCCAAGCCUGCAUUUAGAAUGGAAGAAAGAAGAAAACCAGGAGGAAGAGAGUGAGUACAAGCUAGCGGUCCAGAGAUACAUGGGGGUGGUCAAAAGUGUCAGGAGGGUACGCAAACUCCAGGGUCACAUGAAUGGGGUAGUGUGUGUACACUUUGACAAGAAGCGUCUAAUAUCGGCCGGACUGGACAGAUGUAUAAGGCUGUGGGACGUCCGGAGCGGUCAGAGUAUACACAAAUUCUAUGGACACAAGGGUGGAAUAAGAUGCCUGCAGUUUGAAGGCAACACACUCAUCUCUGGCUCAUGGGACACAACUUUAAUUGUGUGGGAUCUUAAGGCAUUUGAGAAAAAAGCUGUAUUGGAUGAUCACAGAGGCUGUGUGUCUUGCGUACAGAUGAACCAUAAGUACAUACUCUCAGGAUCACAUGACAAGACGGUGAAGUUGUGGCACAGAGUGACAUUUCUGCACUACAAGACAAUAGAGCCAGGUCACAAAUCUGGCAUCCAUUGCUUGCAUUAUGAUGGGGAAUGUGUUGUUACAGGCUCCAGUGACAUGACACUACGACUCACAAAUGUUGAUACAGAGCAGUGUUUGCAUGUGUUUGAGAAUGGCCAGAACCAGGUUUUGUCAGUUUUGAUCCAGGGAGACUUGCUGCUGAGUUCUGACACACAGGGACAUGUUUAUUUCUGGAAUGCUCGGACUGGUGAAAGUGAGGCUGCCAUACAGGCCCAUGAUGCAGCAGUGAACAAACUUGCGUUCCACAAAGGUCGCUUCUUUACAGCAUCCUCGGAUUGCACAGUGAGGGAGUGGGAUUUACUUACCAUGACCAGUGUCAGGGUUCUCCAAGGUCACAAGGGGCCCAUCAGGGAUGUCAAGGUCUCAAACGAACGCAUUGUGACGUGCAGUGAUGAUGGCACCAUUCGUAUCUGGGAUCUCAUCGAAACCAAGCGAUCUAUACGUCAUAACUGAUCACUAAUUCAGACCAACUGACGACGUGACUCUGAUCACGUGAUCCAAGAUGGACCAGACGACACUCUAUUAUUGAUACUCUAGUUUUGUAAUAGUAUUGUUUUGGUUGUUUUUGAAGUAAUUUAUUGUAACCAUUCGCUGAGCUGUGAUACCUCGUUAGAUAUUUUUGUGCCUUAACAGUUAUGUUUUAAUUUCUUAGUUUAUAUGUGUCACUUUAAUCUCAUACGAAGUAUUAACAAGAAAGCUUGCCAUUUUUUACAACUUUUUUCUCUUUCUCUCUCUCUCUCCCUUUUUUUGUAUUCAGCAGAUUUGUUGGUAUUCUUAGCACGUAUGUUAUAUUCGUUAACUAGAAUAUCAACUUCUUAGUCAUCAUUUCUUACUAUGUGUGUUUAAUAUACGUGCACUGAAACACACACAGUUAAAUUCUGGAAAACGUUGAUAAUUUUUAGUGCUUUCGAUUGGUCGAUUUAUUAAAUAUGUGUGAGACACGAGUUAUUUUCAUGACACUGAUGCAAUAAGAUCUAGUUCAUUCUUUUUUUUAUUUUAU